UUUUCCGCCGGCAGAAAAAAAAAAAGAGGGUCAUUGGGGAAAACAAAACAACCAAGGAAAAAUUCAUGGUUGAAAAGCGAACACCAGCAUCAUCUUUUCUUUCUUUUUCUCUUCCUUGGCACUUCCCUUUGUCCUAGCCUUGUCUCUUCAUAUUUUAUCUUCAAUUCGGCUUCUAACGCCCUUUGAAGUUUGCUCCUACGGUUUUUCUUUUUUAAACCGUUCAAACGUCCUCUUCAAAUCUACUCCCGGAACAUCUGGACAGAGUGACAUCAAUUCUAAGUUGCCGCCAACUACUAAGGCUGUCUUUCCCGCGCGUGCAGACAGAGAAGGGCAAACGCGCUUGAGUCCUAUACGUUCUGCACCUGAUUAUCUGGACGUACUUUAUCGCAGUUUGUAGUUCAGCGAGAUAAGUUCGACUUUGACCACAACCAUCAGUACCAUUAGGCAAGAUGGUGUACAUACGCCAGCACGAACUGCCCAACCUGCGGCAGUAUCGCUAUGCAGGAGUGGACCACUCCCUCGUCAGUCGUUACAUCCUGAAACCGUUCUACAAUGAUUUCGUCAUCAAAUUUUUCCCGAUGAGCAUGGCUCCUAAUGCUAUCACAUUAACCGGCUUUUUCUUCGUGGUAGUCAACUUCAUCACCAUCUUAUGGUACAACCCGACUCUAGACCAGGACUGUCCUUCCUGGGUCUAUGCCAGCUGCGCCCUCGGGUUGUUCCUCUAUCAGACUUUCGACGGUGUAGAUGGCAUUCAAGCACGGAGAACAAAGCAAAGCGGCCCUCUGGGCGAGCUGUUUGAUCACAGUGUCGAUGCUUGCAAUACAGCCUUGGGAGUCCUGAUCUUCUGUGCAGCCAUGAACCUCGGACAGUCAUGGGCCACGAUAUUGACUCUCUUUGGAUCGACCAUGACCUUCUAUGUCCAAACCUGGGACGAAUAUUACACCCAGGUACUGACCCUAGGUAUCAUUUCCGGCCCCGUCGAGGGUGUCCUCACCCUCUGCGUCGUGUUUGGGUUUACAGCAUACAUGGGUGGUGGCAGCUUCUGGCACCGUCCUAUGUUGGAGACCCUCGGACUGACCAAGCCGGAUUUCCUGCCGGAUCAGCUGUACGGAAUGGCCUUUACGCAGUGGUACAUGGUCUAUGGUGGGAUUCUCCUAUUCUUCGCGACGGGUUCCAGCAUUGUACAUGUCAUGAAGAUUCGCAGCGAGCGGGGCCAAGAUCCUAUCAAGCCUCUCUACGGUCUCCUUCCCCUUGUUGCCAUUUGGACUCUGGUCCCGGCCUAUCUGUGCCUCCAGCCGACCAUCCUCGAGAACUACGCGAUUCCGUUCUGCCUGUACGUGGGACUGGUCAACGCGUACGCGGUGGGCAGAAUGAUCAUUGCACACCUGACCAAAACCAGCUUUCCUUACUUUAACAUGCUCCUGGUUCCUCUUGCACUGGCUACUAUCGACAGUGCUGGCGAUAAGCUCGGCUACUGGUCGAGCUUGUUGGGAUAUGAAACUGGCCAGGUCGCUUUCUUGUGGAUGUGUUUGGGUCUGUCCGUCGGCGUGUACGGUAGCUUUGUGCAUGAUAUUAUCACGACGAUAUGUGACUACAUCGACAUCUGGUGCUUGACGAUUAAGCACCCGCAACCGCAUGUGGAGGUGGUUGUUGCGAACGGAGCUCCGAAGAAGACGAACUAGGGGGUCGCAUUCGCAAAUCGGUAUCGCAUAAUGGACAUGAGACCAUGACGGAGAUGUCGCCAAUGUUGUAUGAUAGAGGGGGUCAUGUUCGAUGGUCGGUAGCGACGUUGAAGAUGAAUUGCACGAGGUGGCGCAAUUGGAUAAUGAUGUUGGGAGGGAUGUGCCGGGCUGGAUGUGUCGGGUACAUAUCACCCGGGCUGGACUAUCGAUCAGUCGUGAGUCAGUCGUGAGUGAGUCGUAACCGGGUCAUGGUGAGGACGAAUGCAGGAUAGAUUAUUGUUAUUAGCGAUUUCUUGCCACCGGUCUCCGGUAUAUUGAUAUGUAUGUUCUACAAGAAACGUGAUCGAAGGACCUUGAAGCACAUCGUAGC